AUGCCUCGCUCCGGCGCACGUACCUCCAGCAGUGGACCGAAGCGCGCGGCCCCGGCCGCGCAGGCGCCGCCACCAGCGCAGCACCGUGCUCCGCCGCCUGCCGCCGCGCCCGCAGCAGCUCCGCCAGCGACCGCCCCAGCUGGUGGGGGCAUGCUGUCGGGCCUCAUGGGCUCCAUGGCCUCAGGCAUGGCCAUGGGUACCGGCAUGGCCGUGGCCAACCGCGCGGUGGAUGCAGUGAUGGGGCCCCGUCAGACAGAGGUGGUCCACCGCACCGAGGGCGCACCUCCUCAAGCCCAGGCCCAGAACACGUGCCAGUUCCAGCAGGACCAGUUGGCGCAGUGCCUCAAGUCGUCGAGCGAUGCCACCUCCUGCCAGCACUUCAUGGAUGCCCUGAAGGCUUGCCAGCAGACCGCAUGA